GUGUUUCUAUGCUUUAUGCCAUCCGGAAGCUGUCUUUCUCGCGCUCUCCUCUUCCUCCUCUUUCUUCCUCUAUCCUUCCUCCUCCUCCUCCUCCUUCCUCUCCGUAGCGCUUUUUCUCUUGGGGUAACGAUUAGGUGCAUACCGAAUAUCAUCGAUCCCGAUUUCUGGAACGGGGUCACCGCACAGAGGGUGACGUGGGGGCAACGAUCCAACAGCCAGCGUCCGCGCGAAGGAAGGAAAACAGAUCAGCUCGCAGACGCGACGCGACGCGACGUGAAUACGAAACAAGCGCAAGAGAGCAAGUAAACGAAGACGUUUUGAUCGUAUUGUACACCAUUGUGCACACGUCGUCUGUCGUUCGCGGUCUUGUGUUGUGUUUACGUGAGUCGCGACAACAAUAUUGAAAGUAAAAAAGACAGAUUUGAGCGAAGAAGAGCAGCGUAACUCCACAUAGUGGAAUUUCCGUUUUACACUCGUCAGGUAGAGUCUACUCUUUUCCUCUCUUUCUCACUCUUAGACGAAUCACAUCGCAUCGCGCGUGGACGCGUCCACACUUAACUUCCUCAUCACCGUCGCUGUCCUCGUUUCUCUCAAGUUCUCUCUUCUUUGUGUCUCGCUUCAUCUCUCUUUCUCUUACGCGCGCCCGAGAAUGACUAGCCACGCCGAUUGUCUCAGUUCGUGGCGGUGCAUCGUUUCCGCGGACGUCCGUUGCGUCGAUGAGACAAAGUGAACUCGUCGUUGUCGCGCGAUUUCGGCGCGUUCGCCGUGCGCAAACGGGCUUGCGGAGCGUCCUUCGUCGAUCCAGGAUUUAGGCCAGACAACGAAAAGAUGGAUGCGACGAUCGAGAGAGAAUGCAGCGCGUUGGGCGGUUUGUUUCAGCAGAUCGUCACUGACAUGAAGAAUGGAGCACCACUUUGGGAAGAUUUGAUUUCAAAAGCUACAAAGUUGCACACAUGUUUGAGAGCUGCUAUCUUGGCUAUUUCCGCAUAUCUUGAGGCCUUUCAGAAAAUAGCAGAUGCUGCAACAAAUGCAAGAGGUGCAACCAAAGAAAUUGGAACGGCAUUGACACGGAUAUGCCUGAGACAUAAAGCGGUAGAAACUCGUAUGAAGUCAUUCACUAGCGCUAUUAUGGAUUGCCUGGUGUUACCUUUGCAAGAAAAAUUAGAAGAUUGGAAAAAGUCCUUGAUCAAUUUAGACAAAGAACAUGCCAAAGAAUUUAAGAAGGCGAGGGCGGAAUUGAAAAAACGGUCUACCGACACUCUACGACUUCAGAAGAAGAAAGCGCGGAAAGGUCAAGUUCAUCUACAUGUUCAAUCGCAAGUUCACGGGACAUGUUCCGGCGACAUAGAGCUCAACCGAAUGUUGGAGUCAUCAGCAGCAGUUGUCCAAGAGAAAAGACUGAGCUUAGAGGAAACAGAACGUAAAGCCGUCCGGGCGGCCCUUCUCGAGGAGAGAGGCAGAUUUUGUCUUCUUGCACGAUUUCUGAAACCAGUGCUUGACGAGGAGAUAGCGAUGCUAAUGGAAUUAACGCAUCUUCAAGAAGUUUCCGACCAGUUGCAAAGACAUGCCGCUUCGCCGCACCACUUACCGCCUGCAUCCGAGCAGGUAAUAACGGACAUAAAAGGUUGCGACGUUACUCAAUGGUCGUUGGCCACGCCGCCGUCGAGUCCGUCGCUGUCUCUUGGGUCGAGGAAGAGUUCUAUGUGUUCGAUCAGUUCUCUAACUAGUAGCAGUAGUGGAUCAUGCAAAAGCCACCCGAGCCCGUCCGGACACCCAUGGCACCGAUCGCUCUCUCAGCCUGUCGACGGUCGUGUCAGGCCCGCCAGCAUCAGCGGCACCAUGACGUUGCGUCACUUGACCAGUGGGAGUUCCCGUGAUUCCGGUUUCACGUCUCAGGAUACGCUGUACAAUCAACCAAUCUCCGAGCAUCAGGUAUCGAAUGUGUCUUCUCUAAGUAAUCAAAGUACCAGUUGCACUGUAACAAGACCCGUGUCAACUUCAACUUGGCCUGAUUUGCAGGAAACGUCCGUUCAGUAUGACCGGCAAAAUCCGGGCGCAGUGAACGAACGGCCACACACUAUCUCUUCCGCGUACGAGAAAGGACAUCAGAGACCGGCGCUCAGUGUUUAUACAUUCCAAGCUCCAGAUCGUGACGGUAGCAGCUGUUGUCAUAGUCAACCUGCUUCUCCGGUCUCCUCUUCCUCAUCAUGUUCUUCCUCGAAUCAACAACUAUCUAGGAUACAACUGCGUAGAAAUAAUGGCGGUACACGUCCGCCCAUACCGAGUAGGUGUUCUAGUCUGGAACGACCGACGAUUCCGAUGAAGAGCGACGCGCCUGGCAGUCCUCGGGGGAAACCCAAGUUACCUUUGCCAGCUCACCUAGCGAAAGAACUGGCAACUCAUCAGCUCCAGCAGCCAAUGUACGUGAAUAUGCACGAAUUGGCGAACUUAGCAGCUAGUCGCGCUCAAGAAAUGCAGCUUCCACUGCCGCCUCCUCCUGCAUCGUUAACGGCAUCAGGAACUGAUAAAACUGAAAACCCAGAGAGAGAUGCCGGCAGUCAAACGUCCGAGUCCAGCUUAGAAUCCAGUAGCGGAUAUGGCAGCCAAAAUACUCUGCCACAUUCUCAUUCCCUUCACAAUCAAAAUGAAAAUACUUGGAAUGUACCUGGCGCUGCAGCUACGUUGAUGGCACGUAGAGGAUCCAUGCAGCAGGUACCUAGACCACCACCGCCGACAAGACGCACAUCCACCGUUAUCACCGCGCCUCCCUCGUCUCUCAAUGAAGAUCGCGGCGAGAAUGUUUGCGAUGAGACGGAGAAUCUUCCUCCGCCACCUGCAUUUCUUCUGGAAGGCUCGUCACCCACAGCCAGCCCUACGCCUCAAAGAUCUAUCUCUGUUUCGGAGACAGUGAGAACCCUGACUGAACUCCGCCACACCCCGGCUAGUCCGUCGCUUCUGCGAAAGGCCACCGGACAACAGCAGGCACACAACAAUCCGAUCCAGCAUAACGCCGUGCUGCAAAUCACUCGUUCAUCGGUGGAACGUUCCUGUUCAGCUGUUCGCUCGAUAUCGCAAGAACGCGGAGCUACUGGUACGCAAGUUGUUACCGCUGCGGUUGGUGGUGCAGCCACGAUCGGUCAGCAAGGAGUCGGUGCUCAAGGUAAUCAAGGGCCGGGCGGUGUUGGUCAAGGCUUUAUGGCAGUGCUGAACGCUAAACUCAUCGGUACCGCGGCGAGCAACAAUGCUGUAGGUGGCGUGAACGCUAGUGGCAGUCCGAAAUCGUUAAGAAAACAAUCAUUGAUCGAAGCGCAGCAACAGUCCAAUCAGAAGAACACCAAAACUACGGCGUCCGGUUUUCUCGAAACAUUGAACGCUAAACUAGCGCAGCAACAGCAAACGUUGCAGGGAAGUAACAGCGGCGCAAGCAGGUCCGCAAGCAUCAGGCGCAUUAUGGGCAAUCGUGUGCCUAUCGUGGAUCCGCUGCAAGUCCGUGACUCCCUUAUGGAUCAGAUCAGACGGGGCACAUCACUACGGAAGACCAGCGGCCCGAUCAAUGAUCGUUCGGCGCCCAAGAUCUAUUGAGUGGUUCGGCAAGCUCCAAUCUUGGCGCGAGUCCGCAGCGAUACGCGCGUCGUCGUUCGUGCACAAACAUCACAACAGCGUCAUCGUCGAUUUUCCUAGCACACGUAAUGGCGAACUCGAUUAAAUGUGCGCAUCAAGCCCACUAAGCCGAUGUUCAGUCGAAUUCGCCAUACGAACGUGAUAUAAACGUAUCAUUUGACAAAAACGGUAUUUUAUGAUUCUCUGCCUCGAUAUCAGCGGCGAGGCUGCUCUGUAUUUUUCCUCCUGUGCUGUAUGAGUUUUUUAUUAUGCCGAGAAGCGAGAAUAUAUGGUGAGACUAUUUUUUUUUUUUUUUUUUUUUUUUUUUUUUUUUUUUUUAUUGCGCCGCUGCUAUUACUGCUGCUAAGCCCUAGUGAUAUCCCGAUGAUAACACGCAGGCUCCAUAUUAAAUCGAUAUAUGAUUUAUCUGUGCGAUAACGCGCGCAUAUUUGUAAAUCGAAAUGUCACGCGUGAUCGAGACUGAGAAUCAAUUGAGAGUAACAUUGUGUAACCUGAAACGGCGUUAUAUAUGUACGAUUUACGAUGUAGUAUAAUGUAUUCGAGCAGCAUAUAGGAAGAUUUUUAUAAUGUAUUAAUAUUUAUAAAGAAAACUGAUUUUUUCAUUAGGGAAUUGUCAAGUAAGAUCCGUAUCGAUACAACGACAAUACUCCAGUACAACUUGCGUCUAUAGUUCUCUAUUUUUUCUGCUUAACGCAGAACGCUUGCUGCAAACGAAUCUCUUGUUGCUAUUAUUAUCACCGCUAUUGCGCGCUUAGUCUGUAGUCGAACGGCUAACAGAUGGAUCUACGAUUCUACUGAAAGUCAUACACAAUUUAAUAUCGAGCUUGUGUUCUCUCGAGAUACAAUUCGAUAAAUCCGCGUUAUAAGUAUCCUACAUUAUAUGCGUGUUCCUGUUUUUCGUUUGCUUCUUUUUUCUUUCAUCUUUACGUCAGAGGAGUGCGAAUCUGCUAGUUUUGCUAAUUGUUGCUUCUAUAUAUAUAUUUUUUUUUUUUUAACGAUUCCACGUGAUUGCACAUGCACGCAUUUGACCUCGAGAUGGCUACCGUUCUCCAGUAGUGUAUUUUCCACUGUCGAGAAAGAAAGAGAGUUACUGUCGAGUUACGAUUCCAAAAAAAAAAAGAAAUGUUGGUACAUAUACUAAUAAUAGAGUUGUACUCGCGACAUUUCUCUCAAUGUCGAAAAUGUUUAAAUGUUAAUUGAACGUAAUGUAUCGCGCCUUCGUUAUAAGGUGAUGUAUUUCUACUGCGGUCGUCAUCGCUUACGAGUUUUACAUUCAUCAUGUCUCGGCAAAACGGAACCUCAAGAGCGAGCGACAAGAGCAUUAAUUGUCGAGUAUUAGACGUCACGUGUCACGUUGUUUCAGAAUCAUUUUUAUAUCACUUUCCUUUUUAUAUAAUAUAUACGCAUAUAUCACAUGUCUCUUUUUAUAAAAGUUUUUUGCGUUUAGAAUUAUUGUCAGUGCAUACUGCUCAUCGCCAGUGUAUUAUCACUGCCUAUCUUGUCUUGGGCGUGCAGUUGGAGCCACGAGUUAAUCUUCUAUAUAUCGAGACUAAUGACGGCGAAUCGAAUUACUGCCAAUUACAUAUUCAUCCGUUCCUUUCAUUCCUCAGUAUAGUUAAGUUCUAAUUGUAUUUUUCCUGCGAAAUAACGCGACGAAUAGUGUAUAAUGAGCUCUAUAGUAUAUACGUUUAUUUAUUUCAAGCAUUUAUCUGUAUACAAGCGUGAAUAAAUAAUGAUACUUCCAGAGAAACUCUCCAUUUGAUAUUUAAUAGUAAAUCGUCUUUCUAAGAGUGUAGGCCAAGAAUGACGACGAAUAGGAAUUCGUUAGAUUUAGAGAUAUCUGCUCGUCAGAAGCAUAUCCGAUCCGAUCGACAUUAAAUGUCAAAUGGACAAUAUAAUAUCGUGGAUUGAAGUCAUAUUAAAUAAAUAAUCGUACAUACAUUGUAAUAAGAUACUAUUUAAUGUAGCAAGAACUCGACAGGUGAUUGUUAAUUUGUAAUAACUAUUACAGUGCGAUCAAACGUGGAUAACAAAUAAAGAUAUGACACAUUUGUCUCUGAAACCUAGAAA